AUGGGUGCAGUCGAAUCCGAGGCCACGGAGGUGAUCGGCUCGUUCCUCUCCGAUACGGCGGUAAAGGUGUUUAUCGCCGGCCACCGCGGCCUCGUCGGUUCGGCCAUCCACCGCAAGCUCCUCGCUCUCGGCUUCACCAACCUCCUCCUGCGCACCCACUCCGAGCUCGACCUCACCCGACAGGCCGACGUGGAGGCCUUCUUCGCCGCCGAGCGCCCCCGCUACGUCAUCGUCGCCGCCGCCAAGGUCGGCGGCAUCCACGCGAACUCCACCUACCCCGCCGACUUCAUCUCCGUCAACCUUCAGAUCCAGACUAACAUCAUCGACGCCGCCCUCCGCUGUGCUGGCGGCGCUGUCCGCAAGCUCCUCUUCCUCGGCUCCUCCUGCAUCUACCCUAAGCUCGCCCCUCAGCCCAUCCCAGAAUCCGCCCUUCUUUCCGGUCCCCUCGAGCCUACCAACGAGUGGUACGCGGUCGCCAAGAUUUCCGGCAUCAAGAUGUGCCAGGCCUACCGGAUCCAGCACGGCCUCGACGCCAUCUCCGCCAUGCCGACCAACCUCUACGGCCCCCACGACAACUUCCACCCGGAGAACUCCCAUGUCCUUCCGGCCCUGAUCCGGCGCUUCCACAAGGCCAAGAUCUCCGGCGCCAAGGAGGUGGUCGUCUGGGGCACGGGUUCGCCUCUGAGGGAGUUCCUCCACGUGGAUGACCUCGCCGACGCGGUGGUCUUCCUAAUGGACCGGUACUCGGGGUUGGAGCACGUCAAUGUGGGGAGCGGGAAGGAGGUGACAAUAAAGGGGCUUGCGGAGAUGGUGAAGGAAGUAGUUGGGUUCGAAGGGGACCUCGUGUGGGACUCGACGAAGCCCGAUGGGACGCCAAGGAAGCUGAUGGACAGCUCGAAGCUGGCUGGAAUGGGGUGGGAGGCGAAGAUCCCGCUCCGCCAGGGGCUGGCGGAUACGUACAAGUGGUAUGUGGAUAACGUCAUCGACCAUUAGCCAUCAACUAGUGUUCAAUUGCAUUAUUACUUGAAUCAGUGUUGUAGUCAUGACCAUCAAUUUGCUUCUAGGACAAGUCUAUUCAACACUAAGUACUAACCUAUGUGCAUCGAUAUUAUAUUGAUUUACUUGUUCUAUAAAAUAGACUUAAGCUGUUACAGUGUUGUUGUUA